UUUCUUCAGUAUUCAAUUUGAGUUCAUCUUCCGUGAUUCGUGACCAACUUUCUCCAACUUCCUAAUCAUAUUUUUAUACUUUUUAUUUCGAAAUGGCGCGUUAUUUCAAAGAACAAGAUAUCGAUGAAUUCCGUGAAUGCUUCUACCUGUUUGCGAGAUCCGGGCAGAUUACGUCAUUGGAUGAGCUGACUGUUGUGAUGCGAUCCCUGGGAAUGAGCCCUACCAUUCAGGAGUUGGCUGGUUACCUGAAAGGCAAGGGUGGAAAGAUGUCAUUUGCAGACUUCUUGGAGGUGAUGCACAUUCACUCGCGCGCCGAAAACCUGCCUACUGAGGUUGUCAACGCGUUCAGGGCCGGCGACACGGAGAAACGCGGCGUCAUCCCGGCGCGGCAGCUGCGCAACCUGCUGCAGAACUGGGGCGAGGGUCUCUCUGCGAGGGAGGUGGACAACAUCUUCCGCGAAGCCAACGUGUCGAACAACGGUGCCGUGCGGUACGAGGACUUCGUCAAGAUUUCAUGCGCGCCUGUACCCGACUACUACUAACAGUUUAUUGACCAAUAGUAAACCU